UUCCUACACACUCUCCUCUCACUAUUUUUAACACUCAUCAAGAUGCUUACCUCAGGGAUCUCCCCAGGGCUCUUCCUCGCACUCUCAGUGCAGCAGCUUGCUGCUGUCUUCAUCUCACUCAUCGCUGUUACGAUCUUUGGAUAUGGCGUGUACAACCGUUUCCUUCACCCCCUCCACAACGUCCCUGGUCCUCUCCUGGCGUCCUUUACCCCGUUCGUCCAGCUCUACCACGGCAUCCAAGGCGACAGACACGUUUGGUUACACGCCCUGCACGAGAAAUACGGCUCCCACGUCCGCGUUGCGCCCAACUUUGUCUCUGUCAACACUGCCCAGGGCCUGCACGACAUCUACGGCCACGGCAAACGGUUGAAGAAGGCCGACUUUUACAACGCUUUCCCUGCUAUCAAGGGUGUGUACAACACGCACAACGCAAUUGACAAAGCCGUCCAUGGCCGCAAGCGUCGUGUCCUCAGCCAGGCUUUCUCUGACACCGCGCUCAAGGGCAUGGAGGACGUCAUGCUCCUGCACGUCCGGCAGCUGUGUGCCAUUCUGGGAGGCGAGCGGCGGGCCAGCGAGGACCGUACAGGACGUACCAUACGCAACAUGGCCGAUUGGUUCAGCUACCUCACCUACGACAUCAUGGGGGAGUUGUGUUUUGGCAAAAGCUUCGAUAUGCUCGUUGACAGUGCGAGGCGUCAUAUGGUUCAUCUUGUCGACCGGGCGGCCUAUCGUCACUACGUGUGUGGCCUGUGGAUGCCUCUCGACAGAUGGAACCUCGACCAGAUCUUCAUCAGAAAGCUGACGCGCCAGCGGUGGAGUUUCAUCAUGAAGUCGCGGGUUGAAGCCAACGAGCGCGCCAAAGAACGCACCAAGGCCGGCCACGAGGCCAAAAAGGACUUCUUCUACUAUCUGCUGAAUGCCACGGACCCGGAGACUGGAAAGGGUCUGGCCACCCAGGAGCUGUGGGGGGAGGCCAACGUGCUGAUGAUCGCGGGCAGCGACACCACCUCCAGCAGCCUGUCAGCCGCGAUGUUCUACCUGGUACGGUCCCCCUGGGCGAUGGCUAAACUGGCCCAGGAGGUCCGCGCGGCCUUCACCGACGUCGAGGAGAUUGUCAUGGGUCCCACGCUCAACGGGCUCAGCUACCUCAAGGCCUGCAUCGACGAAGCCAUGCGUCUUGCGCCCGCCGUUCCCGGUGCGAUCCCCCGUGAAGUCAUCGACGCGGCUGGAGCUGAAGUCGACGGUCUUCUCUUGCCGCAGGGCGCCAACUGCGGCGUGCCCGCCUUCUCCAUCCACCGCCACCCAGACUACUACCGCGACCCGCUCAGUUAUCUCCCCGAGCGCUGGAUCGAGGGCGAGACGUACCAGUCACCCCGUGACGGCCUGCUCUGGACCACAACCAAGCAUGAGGUCGAGAUUGCCCGCCAUGCCUUCUGUCCCUUUAGCAUCGGCCCGCGCGGCUGCAUCGGCAAGGGAAUGGCCCUCAUGGAGAUGCGGCUCACCCUGGCGCGCCUGGCGUUCCUCUUCGACAUUCGCCUCGUCCCAGAUGGUAUGGGCGAAGACGAAACCGGCCAUUUUGCUCUCAUUGAUCACUUUGUUGUUUCAAAAACCGGGCCGAAUGUUGUCGUCAACAAGGCAGUUUGAUUGAUCUUGCUUUAUGAGAUAAUGAAUUGGCAUGGAAUCUUGCUUUAUCAGCUGUUCUAAUCCUUUUUAUGAGACAAUGAAUAUCAUUUUUACUCCAUGGA